AAUGAUGCUGUGGAGUGUGGACGUGCCCCUGCCAGGGGCUGAAUCGAGAUCCCCACUCCCAGUGACGAAUCUGAAUCCCUUCUUUCUCCCAGCUUCCUUCUCUUUCUAUAAUACAGUUUCUCAAAUCGCACAAGGUUCGAGCGGGUGGUUCGGAAUGGAUAAAUCCAUUAGAGAAGAUAUAUCAUCUGCAAAAGCAGUUUUGCUGGGGGCUUUGGCUUCAGGCGUUAAUGGACAAACAUGGUUUGUGCUCAAAAUUACAUUUUUGAUGCUUGGUGUUUGUCUUGCUGCCAUGCUGGGCCUAGCGUUUUCUUCUAGCGAUUCCACCAUGAUGAUUCAUGUUCUUUUCCUCGUUCUUAUAACUGGGCUCCUCUUUUUUCUCCUUAAUGUUUUUCUUGCACAGACGGGCUUGGUAUCUGUAGAACAACAAUUGCAAGAAAUGGGCAUGAUGCCAAAAGAUUGUGAUGAACAAAGCAAAAAAGGUAAUUAAAGCAGUUGCACAUAUGUAGCAUUUGAAAGUAGAGCCAACAUCAAAGUAUCAGAAAAAACCUCAAAAGGCCAUUUUAAUGUCAACUUGAAUGAAGAGCACACAUUGGAUUAGUGAUUCAUGUCAACAAGAAGAAAAAGAAGCAAACAGAACAUGUUUAAUAGACUGGUAGAAAGAAAGCUUGCAGAAGAGGCUCCAUUUCUCAAUCUUUCUUGGCUUCCUUAUUUUCCAAUUUCCCCUUAUUCUUAUUGGACUUCAGGAAGCAGAAGCACGAGCAGCAUGGGAGAUGAAGUAAGAACUUCAUUGUGCUGUUUUUUGGUUGUGCUAGAUGUUGUGAAAACAAUAUGUAUAUAAUGUGGCCAGAGUUAUUCUAUCAUUUCUUGGUUUUUCUUUUUUUUUUUUUACAUCCCAUUUACUUUUUCACUCAUCCAAUUGAUUCCUUUCCAAUCGCUUUUGGUAAAGAAGAUGCGUAAUCAAGCCAGUUUAUGGAUACGGGUGUUUGCUGGUUGGUUUAUGAUCAAAGAAAGUCUAUUGGGUUUUGUAUGCCUUUCUUUGUGGGUCAUCUUGGCAACUUGUAAAUAAAGCAUCUCUUUUUGUUCCUUUUCUCAA